UUUUUCCUUCCUCUUCAAUUUAUGUAUCAAAAAGUUAUUUAUAUGAGAAAGCUACCUUAAGUUUAAUUUCCCCAGCCAAUGUAAUUAGAGAGGAUAUAUUCUAAUAAACUAUAUGCACUAAAUUACUAUUACGUAUGAGGCUCGGAUUCUACCCGAUCCUCAACACUUUCUUCCUAUCUGUUUGGCUCGGCUAUAUCGAAUCUGUUUUUUUACUACACCUUUAUCUAGGAUCUUAAGUAGCGCCGCGCCGUAUUCAAUAUGCCACCACGGCCAUCACCUACACACUUCUUAUGCUUACCACUUGUUACAGGGGCAUCCCGCCACCAGCUCUCAACAAGUCUGUCAGCGUUUAGCGCAGAUGUGACAAGCCCAGACAAUUUCGCAGUGCCAGAGCAAGCUAUUCGACCAUUAGGUACACUUCACCUCACAAUUGGGGUCAUGAGCUUUCCGAAGGACGAUGGGUUGGAUAAAGCAGUGGCGCUUUUAAAGACGCUAGUGCCGAGGAAGAUGAUGGCAAGCAUCAAGGCGGCUGAAUCAUUAAAAUCCACGGAACGCCCAGCUCAAGAACCAACUGGACCGCCACCCCCUUUGCUGUCUGUAACACUGAAAGGUCUACAUUCAAUGCAACCGGCGUCUAAGGCGUCGGUGCUCUACGCUCCGCCGGUCGAUACCGAAGGCACUCUGUUCAAAUUCUGCGAAAGCUUACGGUCGGCCUUCCAGGAAGCGGGACUGAUGGCAGAAGAGAACCGCCCCUUGCUACUGCAUGCUACGAUUAUGAACACGAUAUACGUCAAGGGGCGCAGUCGCAAAAGCGGGAAGCGGUCCGAGAAGCUGACAAUCGACGCAAGGGACAUCCUAGACCGUUAUCACGACCACGUAUGGAUGGAGGAUGUCCCGGUAGAAAAGAUUGCGAUAUGUAAGAUGGGCGCGAAGAAGCAAGAAGACGGUGAUGAGGCGUACGAAGUUGAAGCGGAAAUUGACCUAACUUGUUGAUGAUUAUGAUAAUGAUGAUCAGCCCUUGAUGCCUGCAUGUCAAUAUUUUUUUUUCUUUGUUAUUUGAAAAAGUAACGAAAAAAAAAAAGUGCAUAUAUGUAUCUGAAGUAAAUGCAUUUGACGCUAUAAGAAAGUUGAACUUGAUAUACCUACCUAAUAGUCAGGACUUCAGUCUGGGUGUAAGAGAGCUGCCAGGUACCUAAAUUGUAUUGCAUUGUACCGCGGUUUUGUACUGCAGUAGGUAUUGUACU